AUGGGUAUACUUGAUACUGGAGCGACACAGGAUUUGAUAGGAACAGUUGCUCUGAAGUCUCUCGAAGAAGAGUUGGGGCGAAGCGGGCUUCGAGUCAUCGACGUGCCAACCACAGGGACGGCGCCCUCCGGCAUAGGAGGAUCUGCCAAGAUCGUCCGCGCAGUCCUAGUUCCAACUUCACCCGGCGGCAUUCCCGGGGUCGUGCAGUUCGCGGCCAUCGAGGGCAACAUCCCGCCUCUGCUGUCCGUAGGACUCAUGGAGCACUUAGGCACCCAGCUGGAUUUGGUUAGCAAUCGCAUCCACUUCCGGAACAUAGGGGUGGAUGCCAAGAUGGUCAAUCUCCCAUCCGGACAUCGGGCGCUGCCACUUGUGCAGUGGCCUGGCGGCAGGUUUCCAGUGCCGCAAACUGCCAAGGCGCAGUAUGGCCUUGCCGACGACGCUUUCAUGAAGGAUGGCUCAAUUGCCCAGAUGGGUAACGUGACGGCGACGGGCGGCGUCAAUGUGGUCGCCAACCGAUGGCGGCAGAUGAUUGUCCGGAUGCUGUACCUCUUCGAGGCGCUCCGGACUCGGUACUUCCACUUGGCCCAGAGGGAGAACAACGACAAGAGCAUCUUCUCCGAGCGCAGGAAGUACCUGGUGGGCGACGCCCAGGCGCCGGCCAAGUGUCUGCACCCUCAGCCGCACAUCGCAAGGGCGAACCAGUACGCAACAUGGACGGUCUGCCCGAAGUGCAAUGCCAGGCAGACGUAUGUUUCCAAGCGGAACCCGACUGCCAAGAGCAAGGCUCGCGCCCGGAGUACGGUGGCCCCUCACGCGGUGAUCAGUCCGGACAUGGUGGACAGGACAGCGGGAGCGUUCAGGCCAGCGGCGAGGAUGACGGUUUUCGGAGCGCGAUCGAGCAGCGAAGUGCCCAACGACACGAUCCACCCGGAGCUCAACGCGACCCUGCAGGCCAUGGCCGCCUCGUUUCAGAACGUCGGGGAGGUGACUCGAGGACAAGGGCAGAUGCUCAUGAUGAUGCAGAGAAACGCCGAGCAGGACAUGAGGCACCUGACCGUGCGAGAGGCCCAGGAGCUGGCAAGGCAGGAGAUCCGAGAGAUGCAGGUGGACAGCAACGGAUCCGAGGAGUGGAGUCCGGUGAACGAGGCAUUGGCCCCGCUGGAUGACGGUGCCGCUCCUGUCCCUGUCGUCCUCAGCUAUGUCAUGGAAUCAGAUGUCCGAGCCUCUGCAGCACAUUGUGGGUCAGGCCUCUACUUCAACAGCCCCCUCCUGGACGAGGCUCCCGUGGACUACGAGAGCAAGGCCCAGGUGAUUCGCAUGUGGGCGCUCCGCAGCAAGGCGAACUACAAGUACGACGGGCCAUUUUGGAUGAUUCGGGCACCACGGCUUCACGACGAGAUCCUCCCCAACGACGUCGAUUCCCACGUCAACCUGGAGGAGCUCAAGCGGGCCGAGGGGUGCCUGGUCGAGCUGGCGCGGAACCAGCACCGUGAGGCCACUGGCUCUCAGGUGGACUUCGUCGAGAUCUUCAAUGACACGGCCGCCGCCGACCGGGCUCAAAGUCGAGGACUACGAGUUCCGGCGAGCCAUGAGAACUUCACGUACGCGGCUGGUUGGAGCGCAGCCGACAAGCUGCACCGUCGACGUCUUCGUCAUUUCAUGGAGCAUCGGCGACCUGGCGUGGUGGCCAUGCGAUGGAGUUCCGAGAAUCAGCCCACCGGACCGCCCCGUGAACGUGUCGAGGCGGGCGUGAACGACGCCAUGGCCUUGGAGAUAGCGACCUUACAGCUCGAGCAAGGCCGUUCCUUUUACGUAAGAGCGCCAGCUGACUCCUCGCUAUGGACUCAGGUCAGGUGGCUGGAGAUGGCAAGGUCUCCUGCUGGAAGGGUUCGUGUUUCGAAGGACGGCGACUACAUCGUGGCCACCAACAUGGACACCCCGGUCGGAGGCCUCCAGCUGGAGACUAACUACGAGGACGGCCAGGCACCGACGAGCACGACAAGUGUUUCGGCCAGCACAGUGGAGUCCGAUCCCGGAGAGAGACUGGCCGCCCAGCUUCUUCAACAAGCAGACUUCUCUCAGGGCGCGCGCUUGAAGCUAUUGAGGGAGACCAAGUGGCCGCGCCAGCGACUACGUAGGCGCAGCAUGAACGGAUCAGAGAACUAUCAGGUGUUGGGCCAGUACUCCUACGGCAAGUUUGCGGGGCUGACACUGGCAACCUACCGCCUGCCCAACACCCUUCGCUAUCUUAACCACUUCCUCACACGCCACGGUGCCCUCGGUACCCGAUCCUCCAUCGUAGUCUCCCGGAACGCCCAGGUUGAGCCUCACAGGGACAUGAACAACAUCGGCCAGAAUCACAGCAUCGCCCUCGGCCAGUUCAAGGGCGGCGAGCUAUGGCAAGAACAUCCGCAAGGACAGGUCUACAAGGAGGUCAACGGCGUCAAGGUGCCCGGGGUUCUCAGGAAGCAUCGCGGCCGAGUGAUUUCGUUUGAUCCGCGGCAGCUGCACUCCGUUGAGCCGUGGGAGGGCGAGAGGUGGGCCAUCACCGCGUUCACUACAAGGUCCGCUGCACAUCUGAACCCCGAGCAGGAGUCGCUGCUACGCAACUUCGGGUUCGAGGCCAAGGGCGAAGGCCACAGAGCGAACAUGCUCGUCGCAGAGGCCACUGACGAGCUGAUAGACCAGGUCUGGAAGCAGACCUCCGGGGCACCUCGUGCUGUGUGGAGCUUCCCCAGCACGACGAUGGAUGAGACAGAGGCGGACGUCGAGGAUCUCGGGGCCGCCGAGUACGAACCCGUGGUCCGCAAUGCGCCUCUUGAGCAGGAGCCUCAGGUGUCGCAGCAGCAGCGAGACUUGAUCAAGAAACUGCAUAUCAACACAGGCCACCCCCCGGCUGAUAGGUUCCUUCGAACCCUCAAGGCAGCCGGAGCGCUUCCGCACGUUCUCAAAUACGUGCGGGACAAAUUUGUCUGCGAGACAUGCCAGGUGAAGCGGGGGCCAGAUCCCAGGAGGAAAGCUCAAUGCCCGAGAAUUUUUACCUUUAAUAAAGUCUUGAGCAUGGACGUCUUCUACGUGCCCUUUCGCGACUCCUUGGAGCCCGUGUUGAACGUCGUGUGCCAUGGCACCAACUAUCAGCUGGCCCAGAGGAUCGAGUCUACUUCGGGAGCCCCUUCGGCGCAGGCAACCUGGAGGGCGCUGCUCAACACGUGGGUGAGAUAUCUGGGAGCCCCCUCCUUAUCAUCACGGACGGAGGCAAGGAGUUUCAAGGAAGAUUCGAGCGAGGGCUCGAGCAGCUUGGAGUACUUCACCAUGUGCUGGUUAAAGCAGAAAUUGGUCCAAGAACUAGAUUCUGGGCGUGGAGUGGUCACCACCAGGGAAGAUCUCGAUGAACUACUUUCCUCCCUGGUGGCCGCCAAAAAUAGGUGGUAUAAUCACGGUGGCUACACACCUACGCAACUAAUAUUCGGGGAACUUCCCCGGGUGCCGGGCGAACUCCUUUCCUCCGAGGAUGCCAGCUUGCAGGUUCUCAGCGACGCCUUCCACGAUCCUGCCGGGAUGGACGAAGCGGCCACAGAAUACAAGAAGCGACAUGAAAUACGAGAAAGAGGUCGCCAGCUGGCCAUGGAAGAGGCGAGCCGUGAGACCAUCAAAAGGGCCGCGAGGCGGGGCAAGUCGGGAGAUGCACUUCAUCCCACCUCUCGAUGGGUGGGUCCUGGCAUCGUAGUGAUGCAAACUCCCUCCGUGGUCUGGGUGGCUAUGAGGACGAGACUUUGGAGAUGCUCCCCAGAACAACUUCGGCAGGCUUUCCCUUCCGAGGUCUUGGGCCGUCAGCUGGCCUCCGACCCAGAGCUUAGUGACCUGCUGAGACAGGUAGUUUCCGGUGCCGUGGACGUCACCAAGGAGCUCCCGCCGAACAACGAGGAGCAGUUCGCUCCCGUGGACCGUGGCUCCGAGGCAAUGGGCGGCUCGGCCAUCGGCGAGGCAACCUCUUCGACGAGUCCGGCACCACUUGAACCACCACAAGCACCUCGACAACCGGUGGAGGUACCGCCUGGCCUGGAGAGGCACCUCCAGACCAUACACGAGGAUGCAACUUUGAGGCCGGAACUUCAACAACCACUACCCAAUGCUGUGGAAUCAAGGAGAUCCUCUAUCCAGGAGCCAGCUCAGGAGCCAGAGGCCACAGGAGAUGGCAGGGCACCUUCCGGUUCCAGCGAACUACCAGGACUAACUCCCGGAGGAGAAGUCGCUCAGGAGCGGCCACCAAAGGUGCCCCGACUCGAGCCCAUCGAGAGCUCCGAGAACACCUUGCGGGCACCCGGCACUCCCAUCCGUCGACUACUCCAAGCAGUUCAGAGAGGAAGACGCCAGCAGGACGGCGGGGAGCAGCAGGGAGAUGAAUCCCGUAGCCGCUCACGGACACCUGAAGAAGCCCGGGGUCACGCCGCCGAGACGGACGGCGCCACCUGGUACUGCUAUCAGGAAAAGACCGGAUGGAACCUAGUGGCGAGCCGAAGUGACGAGGUGAAUGUCAAGAAGCUGUCCCAGGAGGAGCAGGAGAAGUUCCACGCCAGCGACAAGGUCGAGUGGGACGCCAUCUUAAAGACCAAGGCGGUGCGAGUCGUCUACGGGAAGGAGGCGCAGAAGCUCCGCGAGCUCUACCCGGAGCGCAUCCUGGCGUCCCGCAUGGUCAGGAGGAAGAAACCUCUCCCGGGCAUGCACCAGUGGAAGGCCAAAUCAAGGUGGUGCAUAGCUGGUCACUCAGAUCCCGACACCGAGCACCUGACCACCUUUGCCCCUACCCCAUCCACGGAGGGGAUGAUGGCUUUCCUGCACACCGGGCUGGGCUUGGGGCAUUCCUUUUCCUUCUGCGACGUCAAGAAUGCCUUUUGUCAGAGCAAUCCUCUUCGGCGACCAAGAGGACCACUGUUCGCACAGCCCACCGACGGGCUGGGACUGCCACCGGAUGCCUUGAUCAUCAUAGACGUCCCGGUGUAUGGUUUGGACGACGCUCCAGCUGCCUGGAGGAGCACCGUCGUGUCCUACCUGGUGAAGCAGAACUUCAUCCGGAACAUCGUCGAGCCCUGCUGGUACAUGAAGUUCGACCAGGCAGGCAACAACGUGGCCCAGAUCCUCAUCGAGGUCGACGACUUCAUCGUCAGCGCCCAGCCCUCCCUCCAGAACGAGAUUAAGGAGCUUCUACAUUCCCACUUCGUGUUUGGGAAAUGGGAGGAAGGAACCGCCGACUAUGCAGGCAGGAAGGUCUGCUGCCACGAGGACCGCAUCACCGUGGACCAGGAGAAAUACAUCCUCGAGCAGAUCACUCCAAUUCCCCUUGCCAAGCACCGAAAGGCACUGAAGGAGGCCUCACUCACGGAAGAGGAGUUCCAAGCCAUGCGGUCCGCGGUGUAUAAGAUCAACUGGGUGGCGAAGGAGACGAGGCCGGAGAUGAGUGGCUUGGCGAGCAUUAUGGCAAGCAAGCUCAAGACUGCCACCAUCGACGACAUCCUCAUCAUCAACAAGAACAUCAACUACCUCAGAACGACGGCCUCUCGACCGCUCAUCCUGUGGAAAGUGGACCCGAGGGACAGCGCGUUCAUCGCUGUCUCCGAUGCGGGAGGCGUGGGAGUGAAGCACGAGGUCGUGGACGACGAGGGCCUACCCACGGAUCACACCCAGGGGGCUUGGGUGGUCUUGAUUGCCGAGGAGCUCCCACUCGGAAACCGACGAGUGCGUGCGUCACCUAUAGCAUGGCGCAGCUCCAAGUUGAAGCGCAAAGUGUUUUCCACCUUCGGUGGCGAGACACAAGCCAUGCUGCAGGGUAUCUCCGAGAUAGAUUGGAUGCAAAUCAUGGUCCGGGACGCCACAGCCCACGACGUGAAGCUGAAGGAGUGGCGCAACUCCCUCUCCCCGCACAUGCUGGUGAUGAGGAGCGAUUGCGAGAUGAGGCUUCGACAACCCCAAUGUGCCGUCACGGAUGCCAAGUCACUGUACGACUGUAUCUUGAAGGAGCACCCUCAGGGCAAGCAAGAUCGUCGCAGCUCACUUGAGCUGGCGAUCAUCGUCAAGGACCUCCAGGAGACCCGAUCUACGGUCCGCUGGGUUCCUCACCAGAAGAUGCUGGCGGACGCUAUGACCAAGCCGGAUCCGCUCAAAGCCAACGGUGCUCUGGAACAGAUGCUGAAGACUGGAGUCUUUAGCCUAGUGGACGUGAGUGAGGAGCUGGCCAAUCGAGCCAGCGACUCCAGAUUUCGAGCCAGAAGCCACGGAGCUUCUGCAGCCCGCCUUUUGCGGGAGUACGAGCAGUCAGGAUACCUAACGUCUGACGAGCUGCUGACCGGACGCGCUGGCUCAAGCGCCGACAAGCCGCCAAGUAGGCGAGUUGUUUGUGCAACAAGCGACAUCCAUCAGACCUACACUGGUGCCGCCAUGGAAGGUCCUACAGCCAAUCCCGAAGCCCUCAUGUGCAGGUCCAUCGUUGACGUGAUCAACCUCUUUGCUGCUGCAGCUCUCGACCUUGCAGGACUGCAAAUGCCGAUGAGAAGCAAGCGUGCUUUUGCACUUACCUCCGCCCGGCGGCGCUGCCGGGCGUGCUGCGCGGGCGUUUGCCCGGGACGCAAGCCCCCUGACGAGGCGGAGUUUUCACCCAGCCAGGCGAUGGUUCCAGAGCCCAGAGCUCGGAGACUUUCAGAGCAUGUCCGAGUCAGAGCAACUCCGCAACGGGUUGUGCCGUGGUCAGGACCUUUCGCGGAGGGCCUCCCAUCAUGGAGGCCGGCUUGCGACUGCCCCACUGCAAGAACUAUGCAAGAACUGCCAGAGAGCGAGACGGAAAUGCGGACUGUUUUUGAGCCGCGUAUUUGGCACGAAGAUAUGACCCAUGCCGAGAAUCGGAGUCAAAAUUGUCGAGAAGUGCCCUUUCGUGUGUCCUGUGGCCAGACCAUCUGGGAAGGGCCUCCGCAACAGGCAUGGAUGUUGAGCCACCUGCAGUUCGAGCAAUCCACCGUGACAUCCAGUAUCAUCGAACCAUGUGACAGUAUACUGGCGUGGAGCUUCGCUGAGCAUUAA